ACGUGGACGUCGUGCGACCGUUGUACACAGGAGAAGGCAAGAUGGCGGCCGCCGACGGGAAGAAGCGUGGACUCGAGCAUUUGGACGAUUAUGAACCAAAGCCAGCCAAACAUCUCCGCAGCCUGCACGAUCGCAUGGCGGAGAGGCGUCUUGUUGUUAUUCUGGAGGGCGCCUCGCUAGAGACCGUCAAGGUUGGGAAAACGUUUGAGUUGCUGAACUGCGACCAACACAAAAACAUCAUAAUCAAAAGUGGAAGAAAUCCAGGAGAUAUCAGACCGGAUAUCACACAUCAGUGUCUGCUCAUGUUGAUGGACAGUCCACUGAACAGAGCGGGCCUGCUGCAAGUUUACAUCCACACUGAGAAAAACGCCUUAAUAGAGAUCAACCCGCAGACGCGCAUCCCAAGAACGUUUCCGCGCUUUUGCGGCCUCAUGGUUCAGCUGCUGCACAAGCUGAGCGUGCGAGCGUCUGACGGUCCUCAGAGGCUCCUGAGAAUGAUAAAAAAUCCCGUAUCGGACCACCUUCCCCCCGGCUGUCCGCGCAUCUCCACCUCUUUCUCUGCCGGAGAGGCCGUGUGCCCCCGCACUGUGGUGCCGGAGGGGCCGGCUGCCGUGGUGAUCGGUGCUUUCGCACAUGGAGCGAUAAAUGUCGACUACACAGAGAAGACGGUGUCCAUCAGUAACUACCCGCUCUCCGCCGCACUCACCUGUGCCAAAAUGUGCUCGGCUUUUGAGGAAGUUUGGGGCGUCUUAUGAUCAUUGUUGACCAGCAGCUGAUGGGGCAGAACAUCAACAAUUUUUAUUCUUUUUUUGGUAUGGAUUGGUGGCACACGUUUAACGCGUUGCACCAAAUUUCAUACGCGUGGACAUUACCUGCAUCCCGUUUUGUAUGAUUACAAUGUUGUUACAAACAUUUUUCUACAGUAAUUGCUCCCAAAAAGAAGCCUAUCCCAUGUCUGUUGCAUCAAGAUUGUGGAAUUUGUAUGAUCAAUUCAUACAAAUGCAUUUAAAUGACUUUUUUCUUGUGCUGCUGGUGAAAAUAAAUGUAAAAGCUA